GACGGCGCGCGCCCACUGCUCAUGCGCGUACGCAUAACGUGACAGGGCUUGGCGGCGCGCCGCCUGUGCUCAUGCACACGCGCAAUAUCCCAAAACGGUGCCUGCCGGCUGGCUGUACGGAGAAAAAGAAACUAAGAAUUAAACUAAAUAAUAGAAUUAGAAAAGUUAGCAGUCCAUUUAAUCGAAAUGGCGCACUACAGAGGUUCUGAAUCCAAGCGGGAGCAGUUCAGGAGGUACUUGGAGAAAGCUGGAGUCCUGGACAGCCUCACCAAUGUGCUUGUGGCACUGUACGAGGAGACGGAGAAGCCUACCAACGCUUUAGAUUUCGUCAAGCAACACCUGGGCGUGGCUGGUCCGGAGCCCGGGGAGACAGAGACCCUGCGACAGGAGGUGGCUGACCUGCGAGGGAAGUGCGAGAAGCUGACGGAGGAGAACAAGGAGCUCAGAAGCAGGCUUCUGCAAUAUGAACCCACAACAACGGAAGGAGGACCUGAAUGAGACCACCACUGUGGGACUUGCACAGAGGUCACUUUAAGACAUUGCAACACUGGGAACUCCAAGGAUACUCUCUUUCUGUUGAUAUAAUAUAAAUGACUGCACUGCUAAUAUUGUUGAACUUUUCUUUUUUAAUUAUAAUUUUUAUAUUGAAUACCUGAAUUUAGUACACUUCUUUUUUUAGUCACUCUGCUGCUGUGUCAUUUGGUGCUAAGACCGUGUGGGUCUUGGUUUUUAUGCACCGGUGAUGUUACCUGGAAUGUUGUUUCUGUCAUUCUUGUGUAAAUCAGCAGAAGGGUCGUGGUACUAGACAUGUUUGCGUUUCCAAGUUUAUAUUAAAGUCAGAAUAAGGUG